AUGAACGUCAAGGUGUUGGGCGCCGGCGGCGAGGCGACGACGGUGGUGCUGGCGCACGGCUACGGCGGCAGCAAUCACAUCUGGGACGACGUCGCCCCGGCGUUGGCGAAGACGUUCCGGGUCGUGGUCUUCGACUGGAGCUUCUCCGGCGACGUCGUCGUGGACGACGACGCCGACGUCGACGAGGGAACGAUCUGCUCGUACUUCGGCUUCGCCGAUGAGCUGGUGGCGAUGAUGGACGAGCUGGAGCUGAGGGAGGUGGCGUUCGUGGGCCACUCCAUGGCCGGCAUGAUCGGCUGCAUUGCGUCGGUGGCGCGGCCGGAGCUGUUCAGCCGCCUCGUGCUCGUCGGAGCGUCUCCUAGGUACAUCAACGACGACGACGACGGCGGCUACGUGGGCGGCUUCGAGCGCGCCGAGGUGGACGCCACGCUCGCCGCCAUCGAGGCGGACUUCGCGGGGUGGGCGCCGCUGUUCGCCGAGGCCGUCGUCGGGCCGGACGCCCACCCGGCGGCCGUCGCCACGUUCGCCAGGCAGCUGGGCCGGAUGCGCCCGGCCGCCGCGCUCCGCGUCAUGCGCGCCGUGCUCACCUGCGACGUCCGCGGCGUGCUCGGGGACGUCGCGGCGCCAUGCACCAUCGUGCACUGCGCGCGCGACGCCGUCGCGCCGCUCCCCGUCGCGCUGUACAUGCAGCGCGCCAUGGCCGGCGGCGGCGGCGGCGGGGCGGCGCCGACGGUGGUGGUGAUGGAGUCGUCCGGCCACUUCCCGCAGCUCACGGCGCCCAUGGAGUUCGUCCGGGUGGUGGAGGCCGUCGUGCUCGACCACUGA